AUGGAUCCAAAUCUGAAGCUCAUGACAUAUCAAAGUGAAGUUUAUCCUGACCCCGAGAGAUAUAGGAGGCUUGUGGGAAAACUCAUUUGCCUCACCAUUACCAGACCUAAUAUCUCCUUUUUUGUGGAAGUGGUUAGCCAAUUUAUGCAGAAUCCUCAUUUGGACCAUUGGAAUGCUGUCAUGCGUAUUCUGAGAUAUGUUAAGAGAGCUCUUGGACAAGGAUUGUUGUAUGAAGACAAGGGUAAUACGCAACUAUCGAGAUAUUGUGAUGUUGAUUGGGCUGACUGUCCCAUGGAUAGGAGAUCUGCAUCCAGUUAUUGUGUCUUCAUUGGAGGAAAUCUUAUCUCUUGGAAAAGCAAGAAGCAAAUUGUUGUUGCUCAGUCCAAUGCAGAAGUUGAAUAUCGAUCUAUGGCUAUGGUUACUUGUGAACUCAUCUGGAUUAAACAAUUUCUGCAAGAAUUGAGGUUCUGUGAAGAGUUGCAAAUGAAGUUGUACUGUGAUAAUUAG